UUUCCGCAACCACCACCAAUCCAUCUUUUUCAUCUUCUAGUCAACGCGACUAUUCGAAAGUAUGGAGCCUCUUCGAACAGCCCCUGAGACAUCCUCUUUUGUUCCCCUCGCCGAGCAUCAGUCCCGCACCCCUGCCUCCUUUCACUCCGGCCCCGCCGUCCUCCACUACCACAGCAAGCAAUGCAAGCUGGUGGUCCUCGAAAAUGACCUCGUCGCGUCCCCAGCUUUGAGUGCGAUUCGAGGCUCGUCCACUGAAGUGAACGGUUCCGGCGACGGCGCUCCUGCCUCGCACGAGAACAACGCCGCGAAUGGCGAAAGCGAAGGGAAAGAGAUCGUCGUUGACGGUGUAGACGUCUGGGUGACGUCGGACAAAUUCCUGCUGUACAAUACUUCCCUCUCCGCCGGCGUCUCUAUCCCCUACCCCUCUAUCUCCUUGCAUGCAAUCCAACGACUGCGCCUCCCCAGCUCCCCGGACACCGAAGUCCAGGGUCUUUACAUGCAAAUCGCGACCCCAGGCCCGGCAACCCAGGAAGAUGACGAGGAAGAGAGCAUGGUUAUGACUCUUGUGCCGCCAAAAGACGCAGACUCAACCACCGAAGGUCAAAGUGACGAUAAGCCCGAAGAGACGCCGACGCAGGCUCUAUAUGCAGCCGUUUCCGCCUGCGCGAACCUGCAUCCGGAUCCUAUGGAGGAAGAUGAGGAGGAAGAGGGUGAAGACUCGCUCUUUCAGUCCGGGCUCGUUUCCAUGGGGAGUGGAAACGGAGGUUUGCCGCCGCCGAUGGACGGCAGUUCCGGAUGGAUUACCGCCGAGAACAUGCACGAGUAUUUCGAUGAAGAUGGAAAUUGGAUCGCUGGUGGAGAGGAGCCGACAUUGCCUCUUGGCCCUGGAGCAGGUACGAUCAGAACACGAGAUGAGGAAAAUGAUGGCCAGGAAGGGGACAACCAGGGCGAGGGGCAAGGAGAUGAUGAAACCAAGUGGAGGCGAACCGAUUAAUCUUCGCACACGAGCGACGAAGUUGAGCCGGUACUACGAAACAAAUCUGCGAUGUGAUAACACAAUAAUGAUAGACUUCAAAAAACGAAUGGAUUGGGAUGCAAGUGAUUCUAUUCAAAUAUGCUGACUCUAACAACUUAUGACGCUUCAGGUGUGUCAAGUUUUCAUUCAGUCCUAAUUACGCCUGCCUGCCUAGACUCCGGAUAUCAGUACAACUGUUCGCCUGCACAAUGAAAAGGACCUAACAAGAAAUAACAAGAAAGGAAACGACUAUCGUCAGGGGGAGAGACAAAUGAACGCCGAACU